AUGAAAGAUUGGUUUAAAGUAUCGGCACUUCUAUGCGCCUACGGUUUAUUACGAGAAACUCGACCAUCAGAUCCGUAUCUUACUGAGCUUUUAUUUAGCGAAAGUAAAAAUUAUACACUUGAGGAAUAUUAUCGAGAUGCAAUACCUAUUGGAACAUAUUCGUAUUUAGCACAACUUGUGAUAGUAUUCCUAAUAACAGAUUUUUUUAAAUAUAAACCGUUAAUUAUUUUAUCUGGAUUAGUUGGCUCCAUAAUUUGGGGCACAAUAGCAUUAGCAAAGACAUUGUUAGAGUUACAAGUUCUAAUUGGAAUAUAUGGUACAACAUUCGCCACUGAAGUUGCUUACUUUACAUAUAUAUAUGCCAAAGUAGAUAAAAAAUAUUAUCCAAAGGUAACAUCACAUACUAGAGCAGCUUUAUUAGUUGGUAAACUUGUAUCGAGUAUAUCAUCUCAAAUAUUAUUGUAUUUUCAACUUAUGAACUAUACGGGUUUAAACUAUAUAACAGUGGCCGCUCAAGCAGCAUCAACAAUAUGGGCACUUUUUUUACCGAAUGUCAAAACAACUGUUUACUUUCAUAGGAAAGAGUCUGUUGAUGGAAAAUUGAGCAAACAAGAAUCUACCAAUGAUAUCAAUUUAAAAAAUACAACCAGUUCAUCUGAGUGUAUUAUACCACCAAAACGUAAGCAAAAUCCGUUUAAAUUAAUUUAUGUUCAUUUCAAAAACGCAUAUACUAAUCGGGGUGUUAUACAAUGGAGUAUAUUGUACGCAACUCUUUUAUGUGGUAAUUUACUAAUUUAUUCAUAUAUUCAAUCAUUAUGGAAAGAAAUCGAAAUUAAUCCGACUAUUGCAUGGAAUGGAAUAGUUGAAGCUAUUUUAGCAUUUUUAGGAUGUCUUUCUGCUUUGUCGGCUGGAUAUCUUCACGGUGGUCGCUUAAGUAAUACAUCAAGCCUUCUUAUAAUAUCAACACUGUCAAUAUGCAAGGGUUGCGUAGUACUAUUAUUAGCAUUACCAAAAGACUUAUAUUCUGCUUAUGCGGGCUAUGCUAUUUUUGGCGCAAUUUACGCAUUUUCAAUUACUGUGUGCGGUAGUGAAGUCGCUCGGCAUUUAGAAGAAGACAGUUUUGGUUUAAUAUUUGGAAUAAACACAUUUGUCGCAUUAUUGUUGCAGACAGUUCUAACAAUUUUGGUUGUUAAUGGAAGCGUUUUUUUAUUAGAUAUUUAUGGACAGUUUCUCAUAUAUGCAGGACAAGACGGUGCUCAUUCAGGUAAAUAA